GUGACCACGAAGCCCCGCGAAUAUGGCGGCAGCCAGUGACAGUUCAGGCAGCUCCGUGAGGAAAAGACGUGUGGACAGCAGUAAGACAGAGACAAAGAGUGUGGACAGCAGCGAAGAACAUGGGGCAGAGUCCAGCGGAGACACCGAGAAAGAGAAGAGGGUCACGUCGAUACAGAGGGGGACUUACUGGCUCACUCGUAUCGUGCUGCUGCGCGCCGUCGCCUUUAUUUACUUUGUGGCCUUCAGCGUUGCUUACAACCAGAACAAGCAGCUCAUAGGUGAGAACGGCCUAAUGCCCUGUAAGAACUACCUCAACAGCGUUAAGCGCUACGUGGGGGGGAAGAUAGGCAUGGCCGCCUUCGCGUACACACCCUCCAUCCUCUGGUUGUUAGACUGGAGCGACAUGGAUGCCAACCUGGACGGCAUUGCCCUGGCGGGGAUGGCACUGUCUGCGUUCGUCCUGGUGACGGGAAUGGCCAACAUGGUGAUCAUGGUUACACUGUGGGUGCUUUACCACUCCCUAGUCAGCGUGGGACAGCUGUGGUACUCCUUCGGUUGGGAGAGUCAGCUGUUGGAGACGGGGUUUCUGGCCAUUUUCCUGUGUCCUUUGUGGACCCUGUCUCAGGUCCCUCUCCGCUGUCCCCCUUCCCUCAUCUGCAUCUGGACCUUCAGAUGGCUCAUUGUUCGCAUCAUGCUGGGGGCUGGUCUCAUUAAAAUCAGAGGUGACAAAUGCUGGCGGGACCUCACCUGCAUGGACUACCACUACGAGACCCAACCAGUUCCUAACCCCAUGUCCUACUACAUGCAUCGCUCCCCGUGGUGGUUCCAUCGCUUCGAGACGUUGUCAAACCACCUCAUCGAGCUCGUCUUCCCAUUCUUCACCUUCCUGGGCAGACGGAUGUGCAUGGUCAACGGAGCAAUCCAGAUCCUGUUCCAGGUGGUUUUGAUAGUGAGUGGGAACCUCAGUUUCCUUAACUGGCUGACCAUUGUUCCCAGUCUGGCUUGUUUUGAUGAUGCAUCACUGGGCUUCCUGUUUCACUCUGGAGGGGGAGCCAAGAAGGCAGUGCUGGAGAUACAGAAUGAGGAAGCUGCUGGACGCAAACCCAAACCCACCAAAGGUAUGUUCAUACGUCGGGUGGUGAACAUUUCUUUGGGCAUUCUGAUCAGCUACCUGAGCACUCCUGUGGUGCUGAACUUGUUGAGUUCCAGGCAGGUGAUGAACACAUCCUUUGACCCACUGCGCAUCGUCAACACCUACGGGGCCUUUGGAAGCAUUACCAAGGAGCGAACUGAGGUGAUAUUCCAGGGCACUCUAAGCCAGGAUCCCAAGGACCCUGACGCAGUCUGGAAGGAGUAUCAAUUCCUGUGUAAGCCAGGGGACAUUUACAGACGGCCAUGUCUCAUAUCACCAUACCACUACCGACUGGACUGGCUCAUGUGGUUUGCUGCUUUCCAGACCUAUGAGCAGAGCGAGUGGGUGAUCCACAUAGCGGGGCGUCUGCUGUCAAACGACAGCACUGUCCUCUCCCUGCUCGACCACAACCCUUUCCAAGGCAGAGAAAUUCCCAGGUGGGUUCGAGGGGAACAUUUCAGGUAUAAGUUCAGCCAGCCGGGAAGUAGCAGUGCAGCACAGGGGAAGUGGUGGUUGAGAAAACGUAUUGGUGCCUACUUCCCUCCCGUGGAUCUGGAAGGACUCAGAGGCUACUUCAAGUCCAGGAACUGGCCUCACCCACACAUACCAAGGAACUAAAGCCAUGAGCUCAGAUACUACUGCAAUUGAGCACAUACACACACAAGUUUCAUAAAGAAUGGUUUCAUUUAGGAAUGUAUCUGUGUAUCAUAAUUUCUGCCUUUUGUGUCUCAUAAAUCAUCCUCAGUAAAAGUCCAGUAUCGAAUAUGCGAAUAUUUUUUUUUUAUUUUUAUUAAAACCUACAUCUUUU